ACUAUCGACUGUUUCUUAAUUGCAAGCUCUAGCAGCACCAUUUUGAGUUUAACAGCCUAAUGUUAAGUGAAAAUAGCCUAUCGGGCAAUCGAAUAGAACGAUUAAUUAUUGAACCAACGUCAGACAGCUGCGAGUCAUUUUUUUGUGUGCUCGAAAAAAAUGCGUAAAACGUAAACAAAGUAGUUUAAAACAAAGAAAAAACACGCCAACACUCAAAUACUUACGCUAAAGCAUCUCUCGGUCAGGCCAAUGAGUUACGAGACAUAUGUCCACACACUAAACACAACCCUACAGGCCUUCGCCCAACAAGUUGAACACUUCACUGGCGUCGCUCUGCAAGCCGUAGUCCUAUCUUACAGUGAGCUGAUCAACUUCGCUGCCGAUUGGCAUUGGCAGUGGCAAAGUCCGGUUGAGUUUACAGCAUUACAGGCUACGCUGCUGAAGGUGUUGCUGAUCCUAUUACUGGGGACAGGUGUGUUAAUUGCUUGGGCGUGGGGCGUCUACGGUCGAGUUAUCACUGAAAAAUUUGUCAGGCCGAGCACUUUGAAGGAAAUUGAAGAGCUCAAAUUAUCUGUAGCCAAAUUGAAGUUGCCGAAAGAGCAUUCACCCAGAAUUUAAGGUUC